UUCAAAGCCCGCACCACGACAAUGAGCCUGUCCGAGGUGGCGGACUUGCUACCAGGGCACUCGCGUAAUACCUUUGCGCAAAAUGGGCUCCAGGCUAGAGAGCAAUUCGAAUGCGGUGCGAAAGCGCAUCGAGAACCACACUUUCGAUGAUGAGGAUGGCGACGAGUAUGAGAGCUCCAAGUUUGGAGGCUUCUCAGACUACUUUCGGCGCAAGAAGAUUAAGCUGCAGAAUCGCGAUGCCGAGUUGCGCUCGCAGUCGGCAGACAAGCCCCCCAUCUUUCGAGGAAUCGUCGCGCACGUUAACGGUUAUACGCAACCAUCUCUGAACGAUCUUCACAAACUCAUUGUGUCACAUGGAGGAGGAUUCAUGCAAUAUCUGGACGGCAAGACCACAGUCACGCACAUCAUCGCUAGCAGCCUCACGCCGAAGAAAGCAAUGGAGUUCAAGAGAUAUCGAAUAGUCAAGCCUGCCUGGGUUGUUGAAAGUGUGAAGGCUGGAAAGCUUCUGCCUUGGGAUAGUUUCCGGGUUCUAGAUGAAGGCGCCGGCCAGAGGAUAUUGAGGUUUGACAACGGGAAAGUUGUCAGCCAGGCAAAUACACUGUCCAGGGGCUACCGGGACCAGACGGAUACAAGUUGGUAUACAAGUCAGCUCAAAGGGGCAGAUAGUACACCAAGUGGUUCAGUGUGCACGCCAUUCCUGAAAAAUCGACCACCGACGCCGGACGAAGAUGACAUUGUCGAUCUCCCUCCCUCACACCAACCCGAAUUCAGUGUAGAUGACGAUGAGCCCGUAGCACCUGUUAUUCAGGAGGACAGUGCUAUCAGGGAUGCCGAUCUUGUAACUCCGCCAAAGACUAGCUCACCCUUUCGACACCUCGAUUCAGCUCUCUCGAAUUCGAGCCCAGACCCACCAGUGGCCAACUUUCAGGAUCCAGAUGUUCCUCCUGCACGAAAUAAUAAGAGAUCCAGUGACGACGACGUUGCCUCUCUAUCUAAGAAGACGAAGUUGACGGCAGAAGAACAUAAUGCGAUUUUGCUCGCUGAUCCGAAAAUCCGAAAGUCUACUGUUGUGGAUCCCAAUUUUCUAGAUCAGUACUACCGCGAAUCACGUUUACAUCAUCUUUCGACAUGGAAGGCAGACUUGAAGUCUCAACUUCAGGUAUUAGCAGCAGAGAAGUCUUCAUCCCAAAAAACUAAACAGAAGCGGGCCCCAGGUGCAAGGCGAUAUAUCCUCCAUGUUGACUUCGACAGCUUCUUCGCUGCCGUGUCCCUCAAGAAGCAUCCUGAAUACAAGGAAAAGCCUGCUGUAGUUGCUCACGGAAACGGCAGUGGAUCCGAGAUUGCCAGUUGCAACUAUCAUGCCAGGAAAUUUGGGGUGAAGAACGGGAUGUGGAUGAAGCGAGCACAAGAACUAUGCCCGGAGUUGAAAAUUUUGCCCUAUGACUUUCCGGCCUAUGAAGAAGCUAGCAGAAGCUUUUACGACUGUAUUCUCGCUACUGAUGGUAUAGUACAAAGUGUGAGCGUUGAUGAAGCACUUGUCGAUAUAUCGACACUUUGUGCGGCGGAAGGUGGAUCUGAUGGUAGGAAAGUCAGCGAAGGGAGCAUCUAUCGAGAGCAGGCUAAGGCGGACGGAGUAGCUCAAGCGUUGCGAGAUGAGAUCAGGAAAAGAACGGGAUGCAAUGUUUCAGUGGGCAUUGGAGGCAACAUCCUCCUAGCCAAACUUGCUCUCCGGAAAGCGAAACCGGCCGGUCAGCACCAAAUCAAGCCUGAAGAUGUCCUCGACUUCAUUGGUGAUCUGCAGGUGCAAGAUCUUCCGGGCGUUGCGUGGAGUACUGGAGGAAAACUAGAAGAAAUAGGGAUAAAGUUGGUGAAGGAUAUCAGGGACGUAACAAAGGAAAGACUGGUCCAAACGCUGGGUCCAAAGACAGGCGACAAGCUCUGGGAGUACUCCAGAGGUAUCGAUCGGGCUGAAGUUGGCGAACAAGUGGUCCGAAAAUCCGUUUCUGCCGAAGUGAACUGGGGCGUUCGAUUCGAAAAUCAAGACCAAGCGGAUGAAUUCGUUGGAAGCUUAUGUGCGGAGCUAAGCAAGCGGUUACUCAAGGAACGAGUCAAAGGUCGCCAAUUUACGAUGAAGAUCAUGAGACGCUCUCCAGACGCACCUCUAGAUCCACCCAAGCAUCUUGGACAUGGAAAAUGCGAUACUCACAACAAAAGCUUGUUGCUUGGGGUUGCUACGAAUGCCACAGAGGUUCUAGCCAAGGAAGCGUUAUCGAUUAUGAAAGGCUUCGGCUUUUCUCCCGGCGAGCUACGGGGAAUUGGAGUUCAAAUGACCAAACUAGAACCGAUAAAAGCGGCUAUAGGUGGACAAACGGAUGGUAGCCAGAGACGUCUCCAAUUCAGGGUCAGCGAACCAAAAGUUCAUGUCGCCAAAGCAGAUGAUCCUAUCCAAGACGAUAUCCAGACGCCAAAGAAACCAAGAGCCCAACCAGAUCAACUUGCCUUCGGCGCUGAAAGUUUGAACAAGGACAGCCCAAGCAGAAGGCCUCUGAACACGCUAGGCACGCAGUUUAUACUUCCCUCUCAGGUUGAUCCACAAGUUCUCGCUGAACUUCCCGGAACUAUCCGAGCUAAACUAGCAAGACAUGCUCGUCCUACCUCACCAUCUCCUCUCCAUCGAGCCAGGCCUAGAAAAGCUCCAUUUACUUUGACAGCUUUACCUGCCGAGUCUCAACUCGAUCCUGAGAUCUUAGCUGCACUCCCUGACGAUGUUAAAGCAGAAGUACUUGCGCAAUAUCAGGAAACCCCCGGAUCGCCCUCUAGACGCACUGGCGACCAACCCGUUCUCCCCCAAUCAUCCCGCGAAAACAGAAUCCUGCCCCCAGUCUUCAAGAAAUCCGCACCUACUCUCCCCCGCAAACGCGGCAGACCUCCGAAGUCUGCGACAUCUACCACGGCCUCUGGCGGAUCUACUUUAACGCAGUCCAACUUCAUUACCACCAAAACCUCUCGCUCCCGCUCGGGAAGCACAGAACCCGGCAACAUCAAGCCAUCCGAAGACGAAGACCUAGACCCAGACUUCCUCGCUGCCCUUCCCGAAGACCUCCGCCGCGAGGUGCUGGAAGAGCACCGCCGUAAGCGCCUCGAAGUCCGCUCGAACCUUGCCAUCGCCGCAAACAAUGCCCGCAAGGCUAACGCUCCAGCUCCUGCGCCGUAUCAGCCACGCCUUCUUCAGAUUACGCGGCCGAAAUGCCCGACGUUUACGACGCAGACGCUGUGGCAGAUGGACGAGCUGAGGGAGGCUAUCACGGCGUGGUGUGAGGAGUUUCGAGAGGAUGGGCCGUACAAGGAGGACCUGGAGGCGCUGGGAGUGUAUCUAGUUAAGGUGGUUGAGGAGGAGGGGGAUCUGGCGAAGGCGGUGGCGGUGGUGAAGUGGCUGGUUUGGGUGGUUGAGGAGGGAGCUGACUCAGGUGAGAAAAUGGAUAGGGCGAAGUGGGAGAAGGCGGUUGAGAGGGUUAAAGACGAGGUUCAGGGAGCUAUUAAGAGGAGGGGGUUGGGAAGGGUGGAGUUCUGAGUGUUUGACAUGCAUUCGAGGCAUUUGUUUAUGGGAUAGCACUGUGCUUGUUGUAUGAAUUAUAUGCUUCACGAUUGACAUAGAGCAUUUAAGCUCCCUUAAACAAAGCGGUAGUUCACGUA